CUUCGACAAACAGUACGAGAUGAUUUGACAAAAAUGUGUCCACGGGAAUUCGACCUUCAAAAUGACGACGGAUUUUUGCCGACUGCUGGUAAAUUAGGAAUCUUUACAUCGAAUGACUUAUCGGAAACAAUUAUUCCUGCGUUCAACUCUAAUAUUUUUUUUUUAUUUUCAAGGACAACGAAAUAUAUGUCAACUGUUCAAAGUGACUAUGCAUCGAUGCGGAAAAUUUGCCGAAGAACGGACAGUAAAUUCUGAUGAAAUUGGGACCUGAACUUGGUGACUUCCGUUCGUUAUCACUUGAAUUCUCUGUACCAAUUUUUCGAAAAUUAUUUCCCAAGUAAAGCGUAUAAAUAGGAUUGAAUUCCCGGCAAAGUUCAUACGGAUUCUCGUCUGUGAAAGAACACAAUUUGAAGACAGUAUAUUCAAGUAAAAAAAAAAUUCAGAAUGUUUCAAACGCGUCUGCUUCUUGCCAUUGUGGUGAUAACAUCUCCUUUCGCUGUUAAAGUUCACGGCGGUCCUGAUGAUGGAGAUGGCGACAGGAGAAAUUUUCACAUGCAGCCAAUGGUUCGCGAAAGGCAUAUCGUCGUGCCGUCAAAAUCUGGCUGCUACUGCGUCGAUGCAAUUUGGAAAAUGCACACGGAAAAGGCUUCCGAAGAUGAGCAAUUAUUUGCAAAGUGUGCUGAAUCAGCCAAUAUACCACUCAACAGACGGAACGCGACUCAACUUGAAGAAAGAGCUGAAUCUCAUGGCAAGAGAAUGAUGAUGGAAAUUCAGAAGUGUGGAAAAAUCACUCUAGCCUGGUCUCCUGACAACGUAACUCAGGAAUGUUUUGAGCACGCAAAUAUCGUCACCAAAAUCAACGAAUGGUUCAAAGACUUUAUUUCCUCUUUGGGCAACAGCAAAACCGAAUUCGUACGCUGUUUGACCAAAAGCAGCGGGCUCUUGAAUGACGCAGAGACCGGAAUAAGAGCCGACAAAAUAAAAGAGGACGUGAGAAAAUAUUUCGCUCCCGAAGCACAACAAGCAGCUCUGGAGCACGUUGACAAAUGCAACUCGCAGUUCGGCACUUUUCAAACUGACGAAUCCAUCGACGUCAGCGUGGACAAGUUCUUCGACUGCCUUUACGAAGGCUGCCUUUGAAAAAAGUGCUUGAAACUGAUAAAUCAAAUGUGUGCUGAUCUAAUCAGCAUUUCCCUUCGUGAGAAAAGUCUUGCGUGACCUACGCUAAAAAAAAAAAUAUUUCACUUUUAUUCCUCGGAAUAAUAAAUUGCACACGAAGCAUGGCAAGGUAAUUUUCAUUUGAUUCCUCUCAUCAGAUGCGAUGUCACAAUGCCAGGAACAGGGG